GAGAGCCUUUAUAAAGGAGGGUAAAGGCGUCACCCCCAUUUCCCCACAAUCCUUUUCCUUCUCCUUCUCCUCUUCUUCUUGCAAUCCAUAGUACUGACCAGAAAAAUGUUGGAGUGCCUUCCUCCGGGAUCUCCCACAUUCUCCUCAAUGCACCAAGCCCCCAUGGAUGCCUCCUCCUCCUCGCCUGUUACAUCCACAACCACCAUCAACCUCUCUCGCAUCUACUCCACCGCUAUUCUUCAGACUAACUCCUUCAAGGAGAUGGUAAGAAUCACCAGCUCCAUGGACCUUGUGGCCGCCGACACCGCUGAUCACGAUGAAGAUCAACUUCAAGACCUCUCCGGGAUGCUCACCCAAGUGCUUAGCCCCAAUCGAGAUCGCGUCCUUAAUGCCCUUCAACGAUCCAAAUCCACUUCCCUUUUAAAUCUCAUUUCUUCUUACUUCGAUUACAGCGAGAAAACCACUAGACUCUGCCUCACCCUUCGUUGCAUCGUUGCUCAAGCCCGUCGACUUUAUUCCCCAAUUAACACCCUCCUCCAAGAUCUUCCCAAUUACUCCCUGUCUCAGCCUUAUUGCGAACUCGUUGUCCAAGAAUUCCAUAAAUUCAAGGAUGACGCCAACCCUUUUCCCCGCCCUGACUCACUGACCUUCCACCCAAUUCGAGACCACUUCUGCGAUCUCAAGCGCCAACUUGAGCGCCGCCUUCGCAAGUCCAGCUCCAGAAUUCGCCUUGUUCGUUCUCCCAACCCCGACCCUAACACCGUCCUUUGCUGCGGGGGUGGUGCUGCGAUUACGGCUUACAUACCUCCGAAGUUCGCCAGGAGAGAACUGGCCUAUGCAGCUCAGCUUAAAGUUGCAUCUAGGAAUACCUAUGUUCUAAAGACUGACCUUGACACGCUUGAUAGCCUCGUCGGCCGUCUGCACAACACCGUGGAGGACGAUAAGCGUUUCAUUCGGCUGGGUUUGAACAUGGGGAAUGAUGAGCACACAAUUCAAGAAGUGCUCAUACAUUUGGGGAAGAACCACCCGAAUUUGAGGAACUACCUUGAUCUUCUUGAGCAGAAGCUAACUACUUGUCUCAUUACUGUCAACCACUCAAGAUCUCAACUUCUCAAGGAGAUUCUACUUCAUCAAACUAGUUCUGACUCUUCUCAUCCGCAAUGGUAACACUUAACUGAAUCCGGGAUUCACCCUAUUUUUUCUUUCUAAAUUUAAUUUUGUUCUUAAACUAAUAUUCAACUUGUCUCUAACCCGUUUAGUUUACUGUUUACACCAAUAGAUAAUAAAUUCAUACCUUCUGAAACUCUCACAGUAGAUUGAAAGCAUUUGCUAAUUGAGUUAUACACGUGCUGUGUUUGAUGGGUUGAAAAACAACUUUUACAAACAAGUUAUGCAUUAAUAUUUUAAGUUAUGAAGUAAUCUUAGAAUAUUGAUUUCCUUGUGUGAGAAUGGAAAGCAGAAUAGUACAUAAAGUUUAUGUAUAAUUAUGGUAUCAAGUGGUGGUAGCAUCGCCUUCUUUAGUUUUGGAUACUAUCUCCUCUGUGGUGAUGCCUACGAUCUUGUUGGCACUCCCCAAAUCUACACAGGAGAAUGCCCCAUCCGCAUCCUCUCUUCCUUUCUUUUCCAAGUUAAAGAAGGCAUAAGAAGACAUUAAACAACAUGAAUAGAAAUUAUCUUGUGCUCGUUAAGUUCUCACUCAGACAACGAUCCCCAACUUCUCUAAUUUGUGAACUGCUUCGUCCACGUCAAAGUUACAGCUCUGAUCAACUGUCUUUGAAUCAGCUGCUCACACCGCAUGUCAAGCUCCUAAUUACAUAACCACAAAAAUAAGCAAAACAUCAACCAGUAACGUCCUAUUCAUUCAUGGUCAAUUCUGUGAGUCGUGAAAUAUAAUGGAACCGCUCACUCCACCUCAUCACAGAGAGAGAGUGCUCCUUACUUCUUGCUGAAUAACUUCAUCACAAAGGAGAAGAAGAGUGCCCCUUCCACUGUCUAGUUGUUUGUCAUAAACGCAGCUUGUGAUUAAGCUCUGAUAUGACACUAAAUUGCCCUGAAACCUAUAGGAAACCGGCGAUAAGUUAGCACUAGCUCAAGGGGUUUGGGAAAUGCAUUACUAACUCUUUGAAGCAACAUAAAGCUAGAGUUUAGAAAAUGAGUAACAUUAGUCACAUCCAUAAGUAGAAAUGGGAAGAGAGGAGGCCAUGUAACUUUAAGAGAGAGAUGUUUUCGCACAGUAACCACCGACUGCAGAGAGGAUAGCUAAAAUGACUUUGAUAUCUGCUUCAGGGACGCUAAGCGAGCCAAUAACAGUAACCUGUCCAAGGUGGACCGGGGAGCUGAGAGGUGUAUUUGUGUUCAUAAGUCCAUACAGACUUUCGGAUAGAAACAAUCAACCAACCCGAUUUCAGCAGACAUGAGGAACGUCACCCAGUCCAUUGGAGUUAAAUCUGGAUUUUUCAUUUCGGGCUGUCAAAAGUUGGAAGUUUUUCCAUAAAUAACCGAGUGCAGAAGUUCCAUACAACAAAAGUCGCACAUUGGCUAACUUGAAUACCAAUAAAACCGGAGGAAAAUAACAACGAGGGUAGAUGGAUUACGGAAGCUACAAGCACAAUCUCAAGAUCAGCUAUUGGUAUAUUCUUCAAAUGCUUCACGAAGAUACCCCGUUCCAUUUCCUUUUUUGUGUUUGCUGGCCUAUUCAAUUAUAUCAUUGUUAGAAGUCAAUAACAUUUCUAAUUUAAAGUCUAGAUAAA